AUGGCCAUCAAACCACUUCAGAUUCGUGUCUCUAUCGACAGAGGUGGUACAUUUACUGAUGUUCACGCUGCGAUACCCGGACGCGAAGACAUAAUCCUCAAGCUUCUCUCAGUAGAUCCUGCAAACUACCAAGAUGCGCCGACAGAAGGUAUCCGACGGAUCUUGGAACUGGCUACUGGCCAACCGCAUCCCAGAGGCCAAUUGCUCGACCUUUUUCACAUCGAAUCUAUCAGAAUGGGCACAACAGUUGCUACGAACGCCUUGCUUGAGCGCAAAGGCGCCAGAUCUGCUUUGCUCAUCACAAAAGGCUUCAAAGAUCUGCUUCUCAUCGGAAACCAAUCACGACCAAACAUCUUCGACCUCUCAGCAGCGAAACCAGAUGUCCUCUACGAGCACGUAAUAGAAGUUGAUGAGCGUAUAACUAUGGAAGAUUACACUGAGAACCCGAAUCCUGAGGCGGUCAACUCAGAUGCCACAGAUCCUAACAUCGUGGAGGCGGUGACUGGGGAACGCAUUCGUGUGCUGCAACGACCAGAUCCGGAAGCUAUCCUAACAACUCUCGAAUCACUAUGGGAUCAAGGCUAUCGAUCCAUUUCAAUCGUCUUCCUCCACUCCUACGCAUAUCCCGCUCACGAAAACCUUGUCGGCAACUUAGCUGUCUCAAUGGGCUUUUCAGUAUCUCUUUCCAGCGCAUUGCAACCCAUGAUCAAGGCUGUGCCCAGAGGAAUGAGCGCUACAGCAGAUGCCUACCUCACACCAGUCAUCAAACAAUAUAUUAGUUCAAUCUCGGAAAACUUCAGAGGCGGUCUUGGGGCACAGAACACUCGCUGCGAGUUCAUGCAAUCAGAUGGUGGACUUGUUGACUUCCGCAGGUUCGGUGGUCUCAAGGGCAUUCUCUCUGGUCCAGCUGGUGGUGUGGUCGGUUAUGCCCAAACGUCUUGGGACGACGAAGAACGCCGGCCGAUCAUUGGCUUUGACAUGGGUGGUACUAGUACAGACGUAUCUCGUUACGCUGGCGUGUACGAGCAUGUCUUCGAGACCACAACUGCGGGUGUUUCCAUCCAGUCACCUCAACUGGACAUCAACACUGUAGCCGCAGGAGGAGGCUCUAUUCUCACAUGGAAGAAUGGUCUGUUCCACGUCGGCCCUGAAUCUGCUUCGGCUCACCCUGGCCCUGCUUGUUAUCGCAAAGGAGGACCUCUGACCGUGACCGAUGCCAACUUGUUCUUGGGAAGGCUAUUACCAGACCACUUUCCUAAGAUCUUUGGCCCUAAGGAGAAUCAGCCACUCGAUCGGGAUAUUACAGCGCAGAAGUUCUUGGCCUUGACAGAAGAGAUCAACCAACAGCAACGUCAAGAUGGUGCUGUUACGUUCUCACCCGAAGAAGUCGCAUUAGGCUUCCUGAACGUUGCAAAUGAGGGCAUGGCCAGACCUAUCAGAGGGCUGACUGAAGCGAGAGGUCACGACACAGCUGCACACCACUUAGCUUGUUUUGGUGGUGCUGGUGGUCAACAUGCCUGUUCCGUGGCCAAGGUUCUCGGCAUCUCGCGUAUCAUCAUCCAUAAGUACUCCAGUAUCCUUUCUGCUUACGGUAUGAGCUUAGCAGAUGUGGUCCAUGAGAUCCAGAAGCCAGCAGCCAUGACCUAUUCCCCAGAAACUCAACAGACCAUCCAGAGACAGCUUGAGGAUCUUGCUUUCGAAGCAUCUCUCGAACUGAAGGAUCAAGGUUUCACCGAUGAGAAUAUUACCUACGAGAUCUUCUUGAACCUUCGCUAUGCCGGCUCAAGCAGCUCUCUCAUGGUUCUCAGGGGUACUGAUUGGGACUUCCAAUCGGUUUUUGAAGAGAGACAUCAGCGCGAGUUUGGCUUCCUCUUCCGGGAGAAGCCGGUUCUGGUUGAUGACCUCCGUGUCAGGGCAAUUGGUGCUGCGCAUGAGAAAAUCGCUGCCAGUCCCUACGCACAGUUGGCACAGGCCGCUUCUCUCACUGUGCCUGAAGUCAAACCCAACGCAACAAACCGCGUUUACUAUGAAGGCUUAGGCUACCUCGGCACUCCAACCUACGAGCUGCCUGUCAUCGCUGUCGGUAGCAAGAUUACUGGGCCAGCUUUGAUCAUCGACAAGACUCAGACCAUAGUCGUUCUUCCCAAUGCCGUCGCCAACGUGCUCGAAAGCUGUGUUGUGAUCGACCAGGAAACAUCUACCACGACUGUCGACAAGGCACUUGUGAACGACGAGUUCAGUCCUAUUCAGCUCUCCAUCUUCGGUCAUCGCUUCAUGUCUAUUGCCGAGCAGAUGGGCAGAACUCUGCAAAAGACCUCAGUGUCUACCAACAUCAAAGAGAGACUUGACUUCUCUUGUGCACUUUUCUCCAACGAUGGUGGGCUGGUAGCUAAUGCGCCUCAUGUACCGGUCCAUCUUGGAAGCAUGCAGUUUGCAGUCAAGUACCAACACAACCUCUGGAAGAGCAAAUUGAAGGAUGGUGAUGUGCUUGUUUCAAACCAUCCUUCCUGUGGUGGAACACAUCUACCAGAUAUCACCGUCAUCACUCCUGUCUUCGAUGGAGAGGACAUCGCUUUCUAUGUGGCUUCGAGGGGCCACCAUGCCGACAUUGGUGGUAUUCUGCCUGGAAGCAUGCCACCCACCUCCCACUCCCUGUACCAGGAAGGUGCUGCUAUCGAAUCACUCAAGAUCGUUGAGGCGGGCAGAUUCAAUGAGGAAGCUAUCACCAAGCUACUUCUCGAAGAGCCUGCGCAGUAUGACGGCUGUUCAGGUACUAGAUGUCUGCAGGAUAACAUCUCCGAUCUGAAAGCACAGAUUGCUGCUAACAAGCGUGGUAUCACACUGAUCAAGGGUCUGAUUAGCGAGUUUGGCCUGUCUACUGUGCACCGCUACAUGUAUGCCAUUCAAAGAGCAAGCGACAUUGCCGUUCGAGAAUUGCUCAAGCAGAAGUACGAACAAUUCGGCAGAAAGCCCCUCAAAGCGGUCGAUUACAUGGAUGACGGAACACCGAUCGCUCUGGAGAUCACCAUCGAACCCGAAACGGGAACCGCUGUCUUCGAUUUCGAAGGAACGGGACCACAAGUCUACGGCAACACCAACGCACCAGUUGCAAUCACAAACUCAGCGAUCAUCUACUGUCUCCGCGCACUCAUCUCUUCAGACAUUCCUCUCAACCAAGGCUGUUUAAACCCUGUCGAGAUCAAGAUCCCAGAGAACUCGCUGCUGAGUCCAGCAAAAGGCGCCGGUGUUGUUGGCGGUAACGUCCUGACCUCUCAACGCAUCACGGACGUCGUACUUCUCGCUUUCCGCGCCUGCGCCGCUAGUCAAGGUUGCUGCAACAACCUGACAUUUGGCACAGGCGGCAAGGACGAGAACGGCAAUCACGUCAACGGCUUCGGCUACUACGAGACCAUCGCUGGCGGAUCAGGGNCAGGACCAACAUGGCAAGGCCAAAGCGGUGUACACACCCACAUGACCAACACCCGCAUCACCGACCCUGAAGUAUUCGAAAAGCGCUACCCAUGCAUAUUGCGCCAGUUCGGGUUACGCGAGGGCUCAGGUGGUAAAGGCAAGCACGAGGGUGGCGCAGGCACAAUCCGCGAUAUCGAGUUCCGUAUGCCAGUGCAAUGUUCGAUCCUCUCUGAACGACGUAGUCGUCAACCUUAUGGUCUUGAAGGAGGCGAGGCUGGAGCUUCCGGUCUGAACCUAGUGAUCAAGAAAGACGAGUACUCUAACGAGAAGAGAGUGGUCAAUCUUGGUGCCAAGGGAACGAUUAAACUUGGUGAAGGUGAUAGAAUUGUGAUCAACUCUCCUGGCGGUGGUGGUUGGGGUUCUGUGCAAGAAGACGGGAUUGCAAAUGACAAGACUAGAGGAAGGACACAAGCGAAGAUCUUAGCUGGUGGAUCGGUGAAUGCGUAUAAGGCUAGGCAAGAGACGAACUAG